CCGGACGGGAGCGUGCGGGCGGCGCGCGGCGGCGACUGUGUCAGUGUGCCUCCAGACUCGGCGGCGGGGCGGCAGUCCCGCGUCGCUAUCGUCAGGAUGCAGGAGUCGGCCAGCUACAUGCGCGCCGUAGCGGCCGAGAUGGAACCAGUGACGUCAUCGUCCAAAGAGCAGAUCUCGGCCGAAGAGAACUUCUCCAUCCGACGCUCAAACCUGCCAAGCACGUGUUUGCUUCACUACGACAAGGCGCCGCUGCGGCUGUCCAGUGCCAAGUUCCAAUACCUGUACGACGACAGGGGAAACGAGUACAUCGACUGCGCAGGUAGUGUGUCGCACGUGGGCCACUGUCACCCGGCGCUGGUGGCUGCUUCCCGUAGUCACGUCGGCUCGCUGUUCACGGCCUUCCGUGACCUCUCGCUGACCUCUGACCUGGCCGAGUACCCGGGCCGGCUGCUGGCCACAUGCCCGGCAGGCUUUGACACGGCCCUCUUCACGUCUACCGGAUCGGAGGCAAUCGACCUUUCGCUGCAGCUGGCCCGCGGCGCCACCGGCCGCCAGGACGUGGUCGUUGUCGACAACUGCUUCCACGGCUGCCUCAGCACCACCAUCGAGCUGUCGCCCCGCGAGCUGAAGCGCAAGGAGCAGGAGCCCAAGGAGUGGGUGCACGUGGUGCCAAUGCCUGACAUGUACCGGGGGCCGCACGCCGGCAAGGAAGACGCCGCCGAACUGUACUUCCAGGACGCCAAGCGCGUGAUUGAGGCGGCCAUCCAGCGUGGCAGACAGAUCGCCUGCUUCCUCAGCGAGCCCGUGUUCACGGCCGCCGGCAUGGCUGUGCCGCCCCGGGGCUGGCUGAAGAAAAUGCACGACUACAUCCACAGCAUCGGCGCGCUCACCAUUGUGGAUGAGAUGUGCACGGCACUGGGUCGGAACGGCUCCACCUUCUGGGGCUUCCAGCGCGAGCAGGGCACUCCCGACUUCAUCUGCUGCGGCAAACCCAUUGGUAACGGGUACCCGAUGGCGGCCGCGCUCACCCGCAAGACCAUUCUCAACGCCGUCCGGGAGCCCGACCUCACAGAGAGGUACCGUCCGACGCCGCUGGUGUGCGCCAUCGGAAGCAGGGUUCUGCAGGUAAUGGAACGCGAGGACCUGAUGGCCAAGGCUAAGCGGAUUGGCCGGAUGCUGAAGAAGGAGCUGCUGCUGCUCAAGAACAAACACGGCCACAUUGGCGACGUGCGGGGAGAGGGUCUGCAGAUGGGAGUGGAGUUCGUCAACAGCCAGGCGGAGAAGAAGCCCGACAGGGAGGUGUGUCAGUGUGUCAUCUACAGGCUGAAGGAGGACGAACGGAUCGUGGCCGCCGCCGAGGGCGAGUUCCGCAACGUCAUGUACGUGACGCCACCGCUGUGCUUCUCCGAGGAGAACGCCCGCAGGCUGGUGACCUCGCUGGAUCGGGUGCUAACCCAGCUGCACACGCACGGCACCGACAUCGGCUUCAGCUCGCUCGGCGCGUCCUCCCUUCAGCCAGCCACCUGGGCUGCCGAGCUGGAUAUCACCGCUUACGAAGACGUUGACUGAAUUUGUCCCGUAACAUGAUCGGAGCCAAAAGACGUCAUGGUGUCGCCAUUCUCAAGUAAAGCGCUUUCUUUUGCUGUGGGAAUUCAGCAUCUGGACCGUCGUAGCCACUAUGUAUGCGUAUGGGGCACUUCGCGUUGGAAAUAAUCGUCACCGUGCCCAGUUGACUAGGCUCGCCGAGCUCUCCAUGACACGGUUGCUUAUAUUUUUACGUGGUUCUGGUAACCUGGAUCCCUUGAGCAGUCAGCGAAUCCUGACUCUGAUUGCGAUGUCACUGUACAUGCUGCCAUUAUUAACUGGUGAUGAAGUGAUUCCACCGAUUUUGGUUCCCGCACGCGAGAGCAAACCGCCC